CUGACAUUUACUAAACCGAUGAUGAGUUGGUGUAAAGAACAUCUGUGAGUCAAUAAUUAGCUUGCACUCUGAUCCUCACAUAACUAAGACGAACACACACACAAGGCAGACUCUUAUAAAAAACAUACACAGAUUUGUCUUAUCUGGCUCCAAUUUUCUUAGGCUAAGGGAGGUCAUUUUAAAUGUAAACAGGGUUAAUUUUUUCCCCCACUUAUAAGAGGGCUCUGGCGUGGAGUGCUCUCUCCAGAUCUGAUCAAAUGAAGCCAAGUGAGAACAAAGAAACCAGGUUAUUAAAUUUAGUUCCCUUUUUCUGUGUGUGUUCCUGUCAGUGACCCAGGGCAACGGCAGCACAGGCAGCCUGAGGACAUCACGGGAAGACGUGUGUCCUAGUCUUGUCUUUCACUGAACUCUUAUAUCACAGUUAAACUGAAUAAUAUUUUAUAUUCCAUAUUAUUGAGGCAGCUUCCAAGAGUCUAAGGUAAACAACACGAUGCCUCAGGGCGUCACUGAGAUAAGUGCAUCGAAUAAAUGGAAAGUGUCCAUCAAACACACCCCACGGCGUCACUAAAGCGAGCCGUUUCAGAUGUCUUAUUCACACAACCCAUGAGGUGUUAUGUUUAUGUGAGGAUAAUCAGAGCUUUUAAUCUCAUUGGGCAAAGAAGCAGAAAUAAAAACGAAUAUUAAUUAAAGUUUUGGAGUUCAAAGUGACUUAAAGGAGAGCAGAGCAACAUAUCUCAGAUUAGAGAUUGGAUCUGCUCUGUAAAGAAAGGGGAAGUGAAAGGAGGAUGUAAAGAAAAACAAAAGCAACUGGUUAAAGAAUAGAUUUCACUUCUGUUUGAGAGUAACUCACAUCCUGCUGCAGACUGCUAGUGCUCGUCUUUGAACGUGUAUUCUUAGUGUCUUGAUUUUAAACCUGUUUUUUAAAUGAGCGUAUCCUUUUUUUUCUUUUCUCACUGACACAGAAUAUCUGCAACUAGGAAUCGUUUUGCAAUAAAAUAUUCAUUAAACCUGCUGAAAAGAAAUCAUCUGGCCUCGCUUCAGGUAAUCAAUGAGGCUUUUAACUGUGAUGAUCUGGGCAGCAGGCCUGUUGGCAGUGCCACAGAUGUGCGCUUCGUCCCAUGACAGCAUCGUAGACCGUUCAUCUAUGAACCUUUGCUCUGUCCCUACAGACCUGCCACAAACGGCUGAAUAUCUUGAUCUUUCAUGCAAUCACAUCCAUCGGAUUCACAAAGGAGACUUUAAAAACACCACCAUGCUUAGGUUUCUGAACGUGUCUUGGAACGGUUUAGAGAAGAUGGAUGCAGAGACUUUUCUUGACACGCCACAUCUGGAAGGACUGGAUCUGUCCCACAACAUGCUGACAAACCUGUCAGGUCAACAGUACCUGCUACACACAGGGAACCUUGUGAUGCUGAACUUGGCCUGGAACAGCUUCCUCAACAUGACAUUAGGCAGCGAAUUCAGUCUUCUGGUCAAACUGGUGGAUUUUACACUUGGAGCAAAAAACAUCCAUACUUCUAUUUCCCAUAUGAGUGCCUACGACGUAGCCAUAGACCAUCCACCCCUCAAGAACACCGAUGUUGCCAAGACGUCCACCAUGAACUCUUUCACCUUCAAACAAGGUGUAGUAAACUCGUUUUUCUUCAGUCAGGAGUGCUUGUACAACUUUUUCAUCAGCAUGCCAGUAGAGCACUUAAGUAUGUGGGACACUUCCCUCAUACACAUGACGUGUCCGGAGGACCCGAGUCCAAUCCUCGAGCUGGACUUUUCCUACAAUGCUCUGUCUGACUCUAUCUUCUCCACGGUGGAAGGUCAAGAAACCAUUGAAUGUCAGACUCUGACCAAUGUAGAAAAGUUAACACUGCUGGGCAACAAUCUGAAGGACCUCCUGUUAGUAAGCAAACGUGUACAACACAUGAGAUCUCUGAAACACUUGGACAUGAGCCUCAACUCUCUAUUUUAUGAUGGUCAGUCUGAGUGUCUGUGGCCUUCAAACAUCACCAUUAUGAACCUUUCCUCUGCAGGUCUGACUGACUCUGUGUUUAAAUGUCUACCAAAAGGAAUAGAAACGCUGGACCUGCAGAACAACCAGGUUUCAGUGGUGCAGUCCUCCAUCUUUAAACUAAAAAAUCUUUCUCUGCUGAAUCUUAAUGCUAACAGGUUGCAGGACCUGCCAGUGUGUGAUGGUUUGCCUAAACUGAACAAGCUUCUCCUGAAGUCAAACUCCCUCCACGCUCCCUCACUGAGUAGGUUGGAAGGCUGCCCCAAUCUGCACCUCCUGGAUGCUAGUCACAAUCCUUUCACCUGCACCUGCAGUCUGAGAAACUUCAUUAGCCUUGGCUUCAAGUCUGACAACAAGAGAGGUCAGCCAGGUAUUGAACUGUUGGCUUGGCCACAUGGCUACCAUUGUUUCUAUCCUGAGGCUCUGAGAGACUCCAUGUUGAAAGAUUUUUGGGUCUAUGAGAUCUCUUGUAAUGUGGGUCUCCUAGCCACCGCCAUCUUAGUCCCUACCGUUGCACUGAUCUUAACAAUUCUCUUUUUAUGCCAACGUCUGGAUGCUCCCUGGUACAUAGGCAUGAUCUGGCAGUGGACCAGAGCCAAACAUCGUACAAGAAAACAAGUUCGACCUGAGGACCUGAUCGGUGUAGAGUUUCAUGCUUUUGUGUCCUACAGCCAGCAUGAUGUAGAAUGGGUGAAGAACCAUCUCCUUCCCAACCUUGAAGGUCCUGACCUCCGAUUGUGUCACCAUGAGAAAAACUUUGUGCCUGGAAAAACUAUUACUGAGAACAUUAUCAGCUGCGUGGAGAAAAGUCGCCGCUCUCUGUUUGUGCUCUCUGCUCAUUUUGUCAAAAGCGACUGGUGCCAUUAUGAGCUGUACUUCGCCAGCCACCAACAGCUUUCUCUGGGCACAGACGGCAUUGUGCUGGUGCUCCUGGAGCCUCUGCCUCAAUACCUGAUCCCAUCCAAGUACUACCAGCUGAAGGCCAUGAUGAACCGCCAUACUUAUCUGGAAUGGCCUCAGGACAGAGCUAAACACAGGCUGUUCUGGGCUAACCUCAGAGCUGCCUUACAAGCUGACUUACCAGACGUACCAGUCACACACUUACAGGAGUGAUUGUAGAGGGAGGCUUCUAGAGGAAAUGCAGUGUUCAUUGGAUAAUAGGGAUGCUUUGCAAAACUAAAGCUGACACCAGAAAGAUUUGAUUGCUCUGGAGCUAAAGAACAAAACAAAAAACAAAUCUGACUUUCUGAUUUGCUUUUUGUCCAAAUGAAGAUGUGUUAUGCGUAUUGCAUUUGAUUUCUCAAAUAACCUUUCGACUGACGCUUGAUGUAUAUAUCUGCACAAACUGUCAUUUUUGAUCAAUACUGCAGCAAAAUAAUACACUUUGUUAAAGAGUACCAGA